AGACCAUGCGUCGCUAUGUUUUUUGCAUUCUUGGUAGCUGGCCGUGUGCUGCGCUGCCGCCUUUGGAAGCACAGAUCAACGAAAAGACAGUGCUCCUGCAAGACCUUGUCGGGCUGGAAACCAUGGAGGAUCAACUGGAUCAAAGGGGAGGUUUUGCAGUCCUCCGACAUGGUUUGCCCGGAGGAGAAAGGCAGAAAAGACAACAGACUCAAACAAACUUUUAACAUCUUUUAACAUCUUUAACAUCUUUUCACAUGCUCUAUUGCUGAGACUUCCAUGAAGUAGAAUCUGGUGCUUUGAAGUUGAGACCAGUUUCCAUGUGUUGAACAAAAUAAUGUUUCUCGGGCAUACGAGGAGUAAACACAGAGUGGCAUGAUAGGCGUUGAUUUGCGCGAGUCAGUAUGAGGAGAUGUGGUCGGGAAAAGUAUGUUGCACAAACAUGACCAGAAUACAAUCUACAGACUUCGAGAUACUGUCCUUGAACGGUUGGGUUUCGACUGGUGGUUCUGUGGGGAAGGCAUGAAGAAUCUCUCAAUGCCAUCAUUGCCGAGCCCACUUUUUUCGUUUCUCAACUCUUUGCCCGUGGCUUUGCCAAAGAUCAUUCUGCUGUUCCGCACGCCCGUGCGGCCGUUUGCCGUUCGGCAAGGCUUCGGAGACAACGUGACGUGGUGGUGGCACAGCAACCUGACUGGUGGAAAUGUCUUGGCCGUGGAUCAAUUGAGGUCAUCUGUAGCUGUAGCCCAAGUUCCCGGAGAGGAAGGACUGCAGGAGGCCCAAAAGGCUGCCCAAAGACUGCAGGCAGCUCUUGAAGCGCAAGAUCAAGGAGGAUCACAUGAUGCGCUGGACACUUCCACUUCUGAUUUUGCUCAGGAAGUGUCGGAAGUGUCGGAAGUGUCAGAAGUGUCCAAGGUUUGUGGUGACCUUGAAGUCCAUCUCCCAGCUCUGGACUACCCAAGACUGGGAGAUCAAUACGAAGUCCAUUUUCGACCUGCGCUGAUUCGUCGCUUUGAGCAUGUGGAAAGCGACCUUCUUGGUGAGGUCCGCGUUGGGAAGUCGGUGACCAUCAUCAAACAUGGCACUGAAAGCCCAGGACGUGCGCAGAUCUACACGGAAGAUGCCUUGGUGAUGCCAGGCUACAUCUCCGAUGAGAUCAACGAGGUCUCAACACCUGGCAUCAGUGGCUGGAUCUCCAGCACCACGUACAAUGGCUCUCGGCUUUUGAUCCAACGAGACUUGAAGGAGACACCGCUCUUGGAGGCUGCACGGUUGGAGCUGGCAAGUGUGGUGCUGGGCACCUGUGAGUGGUUCCGACUUUCAGAUACUUCCAGCUCCGCGCUCCGACGGGCCAAGCAACGCCUGACAGCUGCCGCAGCGGCUUCACCACUUCCAGCAUUUGCAGAGCUUCAGUGCGUGGCCGCGAGAUACCCCACGCGUUCGGAGAUGCUCUUGCUGAUCUUCACGCUGAUGACCCUUUUCUUUGGAUGUGUGCUCUUCGCGGCUUUGAGUGCGGCCUCUGCUUAUUGAGGGCAAAAGAGACGGCGGCCAUGGGACCGUGGGAGUGGGAGGGAUGCAAUCCAGCGCACAUGCAACAGUCAACAAGACAAGGG